AUGAGAGCGAAACGCUUAGAGGUCGAGAACAAUCCACGACGGAUAAUAACAGUUGGCAUUUCUUGGAAACAGUACGGCGUGGAGGCUUCAGCGGAGGCGAUCGCUCCGUCUCGCUCGCUCAGCUGGUGCCCGAGCGAGAGGGAGUGGGCGGGGCGUGCGGGGCCAAAAUUCAAGCAGCAAGGGUUGCAUAUUCAGCCCGAGGCAUGCGGAGGCGAGCACACGUGGCUGCCACGGCCGCCUGCCUCGGAAUCUGACCGAAUGCCCAUCGAAGCUCGAUUGUUAGCUAAAUAG